AUGCUUUUAAAAGGCUUGCUGAGGGUUUUUGCGACUUCUGAAAAUGCUAUUAAAGAGCUUAAUAGAAAACUAAGCCAGUGCUACUCGUUAGGAGAUUACCAAGAAGCCCUUAGCAUUGCUGAGCAAGCUUAUGAAGAAAGCAAAGAGCUAGGGGAAUAUAACCAAAUGCACAUCACAGCAUGCAGCAAUUUGGCGCUGAUGUACAAAACUGUAGGCCGAUAUGAAAAUGCAUUAAACUUAUAUGAAAACGCUUAUAAGUCAUAUACGAAUAUUCUAGGAGAAACACACAAAAACACUGUCACAAUUGUACAUAAUAUUGCUGCCACACAUAAAGCAAGAGGCGAGCCUGACAAAGCGAUCCCUCUAUUAGAAAAAAUAAUCGAGAUGAGGAGAAAUAGUGAAAAUACAUCUGAUUUAGUCAGUAGCUUAAAUAUUUUGGGAUCAUGCUACAAAGACAUUGGGAACUUAGAAAAAGCGAAAACUUAUAUAAAAGAAGCUUUAGAUAUUAUUGAAGAAAGAUUUGGAAAAGGAAAUGUGAUGUCUGUCAACUCACUAAACGCAAUGGGAUUAGUUUGCAAAGCAAAUAAAGAAUAUGAGCUUGCUGAAAAAUACUUAAAAGAGUAAUUUAUAAAUAGAGCUCUACAGCUACGUGAAAACUGGCACGGCGAAUCUCACCCAGAAACUCUUGCAAUCCGUCACAACCUUGCAGAGCUCUACAUGGCUUCUGGACAAGUCGACAAAGCUAGAGACUAUUUAACCUCCAAUGUCAAUAUUAUGCAGGAAGAAAUAAGUAAAGAAAAUUAA